AUGUACAACGCACAUCGCGGGAUGGUUCCCGCUCCCAACUCCCGUCUGACGGAGUUGUUGGACCAGUUGCGCCAGGAGUUUGAAAGCCAGUCAAGGAGUACUGGCGAGUUUGAACACCAAUUAACUGGUCAGCUUCAGGAAAUGGAGAUGAUCCGACAGAAGGUUUAUCAGUUGGAGCAAGCACAGGUAAAGAUGAAGCAAGAUUAUGAAGCGGAAAUCCGAGUGCUGCGACAUGAGCUCGAGUCGCGUGGUGUCCAAACUGUCUCAUCUCAUAUCACCGCCCCUGCACAGCACGCCGGCCCUUCUCAGGCGCCCCCGCCUGCACUGGGUCAUGGCCCUAGCAAUCUGUUUGGUGGUAUUAUGACCAACCAAGGAGGUAGUGGUCCCGGCCUUGCCCCCCCCCCUCCCCAGGAUCAGCAGCCUCCCCAGCAUACCCUUCAACAGCCUGCUCCCGCGGCUCAACAAGGAGCGCCCCAACCGCCGCAGAGCUCUUUUGGAGGAUAUCAGCCUGGUGCUGCUGUGAACGGUUAUGGAGCACCCCCGCCGACCGCCUCACCUGGCCCCGGAAAAAGACCUCGCGCUCCUCCUGGUCCAGCAACUCCUCAGCAGACUCAUCAGUUGGCCUACCCGGAUCCUCGCGUGUCCCCUCAGCUGGCCCGACCUACCCCUCCCAGUCAGGCUGUCGUCCGUGAACGCCCGGGAAACAUGCUGGCUAAUUGGAAUCCUGACGACUUGCCUGCUUCGCAGAAGCGAGAGGGAGCCGAUUGGUAUGCCGUCUUCAAUCCUGAGGUACAGCGAGUGCUGGACGUCGAGCUUGUACACCAUCUCGUUCAUGACAGCGUCGUUUGCUGCGUUCGUUUCAGCAGGGAUGGCAAAUACCUGGCCACGGGUUGCAACCGUUCCGCCCAGAUCUUCGACGUGAAUACCGGCCAGAAUGUCGCCACUUUGCAGGACGAGAACGUGGACAAAAACGGAGAUCUUUACAUUCGCAGCGUCUGCUUCAGCCCGGAUGGCAAGUAUCUCGCAACUGGCGCUGAGGACAAGCAGAUACGGGUUUGGGAUAUUGCUGCUCGAACCAUCAAGCAUAUCUUUACUGGCCACGAACAAGAUAUAUAUUCCCUAGACUUCGCCGGCAACGGUCGUUAUAUCGCAUCCGGCAGUGGAGACAAGACUGUGCGUCUUUGGGAUAUUCUAGACGGGAAGCUAGUCUACACCCUUAGUAUCGAAGAUGGUGUGACCACCGUUGCUAUGUCCCCCGACGGUCACUAUGUUGCAGCCGGAUCGCUGGAUAAAAGCGUUCGUGUUUGGGACACCACUACCGGCUAUUUGGUGGAGCGUCUGGAAAGCCCCGACGGCCACAAAGACAGCGUUUACUCUGUUGCUUUCGCGCCCAACGGUCGGGAUCUUGUCAGUGGCAGUCUUGAUAAGACAAUCAAACUCUGGGAGCUCAACGUUGCCCGCGGCGCAUACCCCGCAGGAGGAGCCAAGGGUGGUAAAUGUAUUCGGACCUUUGAGGGUCAUAAAGAUUUCGUUCUCAGUGUCUGUCUGACCCCUGACGGCCAUUGGGUGAUGAGUGGCUCCAAGGACCGGGGCGUUCAGUUCUGGGAUCCGAUUACCGGGAAUGCGCAGAUGAUGCUACAAGGACACAAAAACUCGGUCAUCUCCGUUGCCCCCAGUCCUACAAACAACUUAUUUGCUACCGGUAGCGGUGACAUGCGUGCAAGAAUCUGGCGCUACUCGACGUAUACUGGACGGUGA